UAAGACCAAGCAAUUUGAGCAGCAGAAUAUCACGCCCGCAGAUGAAAUCCAAACCUCGCUCCCGAGUUCCGUAGCCGGACACGGAAUGGAAGCGCGAUUUAUUGAAAAGUUCAUUCAUCAACAGGGAUCGUAUCUGAUGGAACCUGGGCAAAGGCAGGCCGAGAUCAGCCGAUUGCCCUGGUUGGUAUGACAAUUCCCCCCACUACAACACGCAGAUCGAACCCGAGCGCACAGCACGGGUUGCAGUUGUGUGACAUAGGUACGUUGUUAUCUGAUGGAAUUUAUCGGCAGAUCAGAUAAUCACUUGCGUGCUCCCCCUCGCUGCCCUUCACCCCCAGCCCUCCCUCUCCUGGUCUAAUAAGGCACCCAGCCAAAAAGGUAUCGAAAAUCAACUAGAGAGAGAGGCCGGAAGAGAAUCGAGAAAAAAAAAAAAAGGAAAAAUGCCCGACGUCUUCUCCGUCCCAAUCUUCCUCGUCACCUUCCGCGAGGCCCUCGAGACAGUGAUCAUCGUCUCGGUCCUCCUCGCCUUCCUCAAGCAGACCCUCAACAACAACGACAACGACAGCGACAGGGCCCUGCACAAGCGGCUCGUGCGGCAGGUAUGGCUGGGCACCUUGCUCGGCCUGGUGGUGUGCCUGGUGAUCGCGGCGGCGCUGAUCGCCGUCUUCUACACGGCCGGCGCCAACAAGUGGGACGCCUCGGAGAUGCAGUUCGAGGGCGCCUUCUCGCUGGUCGCGUCGCUGAUCAUCAGCGUCGUGGGCGCCGCCCUGCUGCGCAUCGGUAAGAUGCAGGACAAGUGGCGCGCCAAGCUCGCCGGUGUCAUGGACAAGCAGCAGCAGCAGCAGCUUGACAAGACCGGUACUGGUACUGGUGCGACGGCGACGACGAUGACGAUGACGACCAGGUGGGGUGCGCUCAAGCGGUGGAUGGAGCGGUAUGCCAUGUUCGCGCUGCCGUUUGUGACCGUGCUGAGGGAGGGCAUCGAGGCGGUGGUGUUCAUUGCCGGCGUGACCUUCACGGCGCCGGCCACGGCGGUGCCGCUGCCGGUUGUGGUGGGCAUUGCCGCCGGGGCUGCCGUCGGGUAUUUGUUGUACAAGGGAGGAUCCACGUCCAAGUUGCAGCUCUUCCUGGUCAUCUCGACGUGUCUCCUGUACCUGGUUGCCGCCGGACUCUUCUCGCGCGCCGUGUGGUCGUUUGAGGCCAAGGACUGGCAAGACAUCGUGGGAAGUGACGCCGCCGAGCUGGGAGAGGGUCCCGGCUCGUAUGACGUCGACAGGUCGGUGUGGCAUGUCAAUUGCUGCAGUCCAAACUACAACGGCGGUGGCGGCUGGGGCUUCUUCAAUGCCAUCUUCGGGUGGCAGAACUCGGCCACCUACGGCUCGGUCAUCUCGUACAACGUGUACUGGAUUUGCGUGAUGGCUUCGUUCUUCGUCAUGAGAUACCGCGAGGUGAAGGGCCACUGGCCGUUGAUGAAAGCCAAGAGCGCUCCGCUUGCGGCCGACGCAGGAUCGGAGGAGGAGAGUAGUGAGAAGCCUGCGAGUCGAGGCGCGGGUGACAACAAAGCUGUCUCAAGAGACGAGGUAACUGUGCUGGGGGUUUAGCAUAGGGUACGCAAUGUGAUUGGGGCAAGCCAGGGAUACACGCCCUCUAGAUAGGGCUUGACCACGUCUCUUGAAUCUACUUAUGAGCAUCGCAUUCAUAAGCUAGUCUCACUGCACGGAACA